CACAUCAAACAUAUUUCGAGGCUUCAGCUGUUUGUCGCAUGAUGAACAACUCCGACCGGAACCAGACGUUUGCUUCAUCCAGAUCGUGCAAUCCAAUCGAUCAUUCAAACCCACAUCAUUUAAUCAGAUAUGGAAGGUGACUCAAGAGAUCUCGGAGACUCUCCAUUACUACCUAACGGUGCAUCAGAGGAUACACAGACACCUCAAGCAUGGUCGAAGCCUCAUGAAGCCAGCACGGAAUCGCCACCUCCAAUCCCACCAAAGUCUGCCCUGCGUCCUCGCUCAGAGGCCUUUUCGUACCACAGCGCCUCCGCUAUUCCCCCAGCUGGUGAUAGUAAUGCGAUAACGAUCCAUUCCGAAGACGCGAUUGCCCGUAGUGCAGCUAUACGGUCAAGACCUAAUCGAUUCGGCGAGGUCUUCUACGAGGACUCACAAAUCGCAUCACCGCCCGGCGACCGUUGCAGUAAUUGCUUAACAACACAAGGCGCCCGUACCGAUGCGCACACCGCUCGUCGAAGGUCGGAAAUUUUUACGGUAACCUGCCUGAUUGCCGCAGGCGUGCUGCUUGGAUGGGUCAUCACGUCUCUGUCGCUGCGUUUCUUCCCUGGAAAUCUGGUUGGAGAUGGGCAUAUUGAGGAGGAUGGAACGGCGUUUCUGCUAUAAGGAUUUACACGAAUUGAAAUGAGGAGGACACGGACUUUCGUCGCCUUGAUUUUGGGCAUUACGCUAUCCAGAAUACAAGACGGCCGUUGGACUAUGCGGUUGCUUGCACAGUCUCUGCGAACGGGAACAGUUAUGGGACGAAAAAUUGGAAUUGCAGAGAGAUCGACGCAAUAGACGUAU